AUGUCAGGGCCGCCGUGGCCGCGGACGCUGUUAGUGUUGCCGCUUCUCCUUUUAGUUUUGCUUCCCGCCACCGCGACGUCCGCCGCCCCUUCCGUGACGCCCGGCAACGGCGAGGCUGAGGCGGAGGCGGAGGCGGAGGCGGUGGUUGAUCCGCCGCCCCCGCAUGCACCCGCCAACGCGACGGAGGCGCCGCAGCAGGCUUUCCUGCCGGUAGCGGAGGAAAAAGAAGACGGGGCCCAGGCUCGUGCGGCGGGGGCCUCGGCGUUGGUGCUGCAGCAGGAGGAAAGUCGCGUUGUGCCGUUCACGCAUGGCGGGGAGAAAACCGCGCCUUCGGCUUCGCAAGCGAAGCAGUAUAGUGGCGACGCCACUGAGACGCAGCGUCGUGUAAGCCCUGUCAACGCCGUGGGCGUGGCGGCCGAGUUGGGUCAGCGUGGGCGCGUCAUCAACGACUUCCCCGCACCGGGGGCUGAGCUGGAGGGGGCGGAUGUGUCCCCGUUUGUGUCCAUCGCGCUCUCCCGGGAGGAGCUGUCGCAGCUGUACCAAAGCGCGGUGCGCGCCGUGUACGAGGGGAACCUUUCGGCCGCCGUUGAGCGCGUCAAGGAGGGCGCGCUGCACGGUCACGGUCGUCUGCACUGGUUACUGGGCGUACUACACGCGAAUGGCAUCGGCGUGCCACAAUCCGACGCCAAGGCGGUUCUGCACUACACCUUCGCCGCGUUGGAAAACGUCUUUGAGGCGCACAUGGCACUUGGGCGCCGCUACGCGGACGGGGUAGGCGUCGCAAAGAGCUGCGAGGACGCCCUACUGCACUACCGCAAGGCCGCCGACGCCGUUGCUGCGAAGUAUGACGGCAUGCCAAAUCCCACCGAGCGGUUCGCCGAGCAGUCCAUCGUGGAUCCCUUCAAGCACGACGAGCAUGACAAUUCAAAGUUGAUGCAAAUGCUUAUGCUGCGGGCUGACGGGGGAGCCACAGACGCGAUCAUGACACUUGGCUACGCCAAUUUCAGGGGAACACAUGGCGUGCGUCGCAAUUGGCGCCAGGCGCGCCGUUACUUUCUGGAAGCCAUGGCCAAAGGCGAGGUGGCCGCGUACGGUGCCUUGGGGAGGCUGUACGCCACCGGCGACAGCACCACAAGCCCCGCGAUUGAGCGAGACCUUGCGACUGCCGCGCUUUAUUUUUCCCGCGGCGCAAAGGAAAAGGACGCCGUCUCACUUAACGGUAUGGGAUACCUGCACGCCAUUGGCUUCCUCGAUGACGAGGAUGAGGCGGAGGCAGCGGUGGAGGGAGGGCGGCCGAACUUUGAGAAGGCGGCAAAGUUCUUUGCCGAGAGUGCGGGCCGCGGGAGUGUGGAGGGGGCACACAACCUCGGGGUCUUGCUGCUGCAUGGUCGUGGGGUGCCGCAGGAUCACGAGGCCGCGAUCAAGCAGUUUAGCAUAUCCGCGAUGCGGGGCAACCUCCUCUCCAUUUGGCAGCUUGCCCGCCACGAGCAGCGGCGGGGCAGCUGCGAGCUGGCGGUGCGCAUGUACAGCCGGGUGGCCGCGUUUGACCCCAUUUUUGAGCGUAGCACGGAGUUGCCGUACCUCGCACUCAGCGACGCCUCCUCCUCCUCCGCCUCCUCGGCGACGACGGCGGCACUACUUGCCUCACGCGCGGGCAACAUGCUCCUGCAGGCGUUGGAACUGCUCGCCGUGGCGGAGACCGGCCAUGCUACCUCGCGUUACCAAGUCGCGCAGCUGCUGGACCGACUGCCUAUCAUCGAGGAGACCGAGGACGAGCUUGAGGACGGGGUUUUCGCGAAGAGUGGCAGCCCGCCUGAGCGUGCCCUGCGCGUCGGUGGCGGCGCCGUGUGGCUGCAGUGGUACUACAGCGCCCUGCCGUCGGCGUCAGCGGGGGAAACCGCCCGCCCGCCGCUCCCGCAAUCGCGACUUCUUUCGCAGCGCGAGGCACUGAACAUGCUGCGACUGCGCCUGUACGGUGUGUGUGCGCACGCCGGCAACGCGGAGGCGAACCUGCGACUGGGGGAUUUCUACUACUACGGUGAGAGCCAAAUAGCGGGCGUGAGCAUGUCGAGAGCGUUGCUGCACUACGAGGCUGCCGCGGCGAAGCAAAGCCCCAAGGCGUACUUUAAUUUGGGGUUUAUGUACCAGCUGGGACUUGGUGUGCCUGGCCAAGGCCACUGCGCCAGCGUCGGGGACGCCCUCUACCGCAUCGCCACCAACACCCUGCUUGAGGCUGACGGGCGCGACGCCGGCAACGCGACGGCAGCGGCGGGCGUUCAAGACGCCGUCCUUGCGGAGGAAAUGCGGCUGUACUUGGCCAAGCGUUACUACGACAGAGCCAUGGAGUUUGGCUCAAGCGGAAGCGCCUACGCUGUGAAACUGGCGCUGAUGGCCCUCAACCUGCAGUGGUGGUGGCUGUACUUUUCGCACCAGCAGUACGGCCUUUCCAGCCUGCUGCAGCUGCCGAUGCCGAUGGCGCGGGGUGCUGCUGCUGCUCCUCCUGCUGCCCCCGUCGCUGAAAACAGCCACGCCGCGACCACGGCGCCGGGGCCUCGGGAAGCGGAGGAGGAGGAGGAGGAGGAGGAGGAGAAGCCGCCGGGGCAACCGAAAGAAAAUCGACAGCAGCAUAGUGCGGCGUUGGGGGCCCUGCCGGAGGAGGGGCAGGACGGGUGGCUGUGGGACGAUUGCGUCUUCGCCUUCAGCGCGGCGCUCCUCUUCGUGCUGUUGCUGCUCCGCCACCACGUGGCGUAG